UUAGACUUUCCAAACCUCUAUAUAAACCGAGUAGCAUAUUCAUUCAAAACAAAUAAAUUAAUAUAGUAUUUUUCCCUUUUUUUGUUUUCCUUUUUUUUUUUAAAAAAAAGAAUAAAAUGGCAAGAAUCUCAUUAGCGGUAUGUCUAAUGUUACUUGUUGCAUUAAGUGACGUCUACGAAACACAAUCUCAAGGGACGUUUCUAUUACGUGAUUAUUUGCAGCUCUUUCCCAAAAUGAGCAAAGACUUUGAGCCUUACGCUUCCAAAGGUUUGCUAGAUUUCGUAGGUGUCUUGGAGGGAAAGUCUCCUACAACUGUAGAGUUCAAAAGUUUCUUUACAAAGCUGAAAGAUUACAUAUCAGAUCGCUUUAACCCGGCAUCAUCCGGACCAUUAGGCAGUCAGAAAUCUGAGCAGCUCUUCAUGGCUAUGUCUGCAUUGAAGGGUACCAAAGACGGAUCAUCAUUUGAUUCAUGGAGGCUGAUCGAGGCCUUAGUAUCAAUGGAGAAGGUUUCUGUUGAGAUGAAGAAGAGCACUCCGAGUGAAAUAACUUCUCCACGAUGGGAGAGAUUGUAUGGGUCUAUGAAUGAAUGGGUUACAAGGAUUGGUCUAUAUGUGAAGAAGGUCUCAGAGAUUAAUGGGAAAUUAAUCGAUCUAUCACAGUUUGAAAUUGAUUAUGUCGACCCUACAUAUACAUCUCUUUCUAAAGAAGUUAGCAGUACAACUCAAGCGUCCUUCUCGUUACCUAUUUAUUUAGGAAACUUUCCCAGAAUAGGCAAAGAUUUUGAGCCUUUCGCUUACAAAGGUAUGUUAGAUUUCGCAAGUGACCUAGAGACUAAGUGCCUUGCAAACGCAGAGUUUAAGGACUUCUUUGUAAAGCUGAAUGAGUACAUGGCCGGCUUCAAGACGGAAUCACCUGAAACAUAUUCAAUAGAGAGCACCAAUAUUACGUAUAAAGCUAUGAAACUCUUCGUAGCUUCGUCAGCAUUGAGUGGUACCAAAGUUGGAACAUCAGAUCCGUGGAGGCUGGUCGAUGGUUUGUUGUCGAUGGGACAAGUUUUGGUUGAGAUGAAGAAGAGCGGUUCGAAUGCGAUAACGUUUGAACAAAAGAGAGAACUGACGUGGGCUAUGGUGAAAUGGGCUCGAGCUGUAAGUCAAUUCGUGAAGACAGCUUCUGAGAAGAGAGGAGUAACCAUGGAUUUAUCAUCUUUUGAAAGUUAUUAUAACUCCCAUGUUUUAGUUCCUGCCCAAGCCUAAAGGAGUUAAUGGCGGAAACAACAGCUCAAACUCAACUAUACCUUCAAAGAAAUUCCCACUGCAACAUCAAUUUUUAACUCCUUAUUAAACAUGUAAGAAGAUGUAAAUGUAUAUACUGUAUAAUAUAUCAAUAUUUUUGUUUGUUUGUCAGAAAGAUAGCAAAACCGCAGAUAAGUUUUCAGUGAAUCUGAUGAACUAAUGAUCAGAUAUGCAACAACCUGUUGAUCUUUUCUGGGAAAUAAUAAUAAUAUGAAAAACAUGAAUUCUACUCAAACCCUAUGAUUCUCUUCAAUCCAGGAAAUAAUCCAGAAAACGAAGAAGUAGACAAAGACUCCACUGUUUUGUCACAAGAAACCAAACACUCUUCUUCCACCAUUUCCUUUACAGAUCUAACAGAUAAAGGUUGAAAAUCAACGCCCCACUCAUCCACAAACUCUCUAACCAGAACCAGUUUCUCUUCUUCUCCAAUCUUCCUCCAUUUAUUCCUCAUCUCCUCCUCUUUCAGAUCCAUAUGCCGACAGAACUCUCCCCAUAGAAUCUCACCGCUCUUCUUCAUCGCUUCUCUCCUCUGUUCCGACACCGUGUUCGCUUUCCCGAUUUCUCUGGCCAAAUCCUUCGCCAGCUCCGAAUCGCUCAUACUUUUCUUCUUCUUCCUCUUCGCCUUCCUCCUCCCCCCGUUGCUCAUGAUGCCAUCGUCUUCUUCGCCUCUCCUUAUGCACUGAAUCCGGUUUACGGGUCGGGUCAACAGACGGCUAAAUUCGAGAUUUCGAUUAAAGCAAGUGCUUUGGGGAAGAAGAUGAAGCAAUCUCAUCGACAUUUUUCUGCUCUCACCUCCUCUCACUCUCUCUUCUGUCCUUUAUCGCAAAUCCUAAU